GCGGAGAGAGCAGCAUCUCAUUCGGCUUGCAGCAGCUCAGGAGGCAGGAAGGCAGAGUAGAAGGGGGAAAGCACCAGUACCUCAUCGAAGGGGGCGACACCACACCUCUCUCUCUCUCUAUCUCGUUCUCUCAGACAUACACUCUCACACGUCACACAUGCAUUUGUGAGGAGGCGUGAGGCUCAGGAGGAGGACCAUCACAUACAUGCACGCUGUUUUGCUUAGGCUUGUCUGUGCUUUGGAGAGCUGUCUCUUGAAGACUGGACCAGAGCUGUAUCCAUCGCUUCAUCCAUCCUGUCCUUCAUUUCUGCUUUCCAUUCCUCCAACACAGGAGCAGCUCUCCAUCAACUAUCACCACGAUCAUUGGGACUGAUCUGCUCUCUGUCAUUCACCUAACCUCUGAUCUCUCUGUACCCAUCUCUGCCCAUCUUUGCUUUUGCUCUAUUAACAGCCAAGAAAUCAAGAGAUUUAGAGAGCGACUGAGAAACCGACCUUUUGACCGCAAACAUGAACUUCCUCCGACGUCGUCUCUCGGACAGCAGCUUCAUGUCCAACCUGCCCAACGGCUACAUGACAGACCUCCAGAGGCCUGACCCACCUGCUCCUCCUCCCCCGACUGCUUCAUCCCCUUCCCAGCAGGGUGCAGCCACGGCACCUGGCCCUGCCCAGUCUCCAACCAAAGCUCCAGCACCGUCCCAGGCACCAGCCAGCUCCCCCGCAGCUCAGGAGCGGCGUCCGAACCAGCUGGCUCAGCAGCCUCAACAGGCCCAAUCCACCUCCUCCUCCGGAGGCUCUUCUGGCUUCUUCAGCUCCUUCAGCUCCAUCACCAACGCAGUCAAGCAGACAGCUGCAUCCGCCGCCGGGUUUGUGGAGCAGUCAGCUCCAUCUCCUUCGCUCUCCAAGAAGUUCAAGAUCCUGUUGGUCAUCGAUGAGCCCCAGCAUGAGUGGGCCAAAGUGUUUCGAGGAAAGAAGGUUCUUGGAGACUACGACAUCAAAGUGGAGCAGGCUGAGUUCUCAGAGGUCAACCUCGUCUCACAUUCGAAUGGCACCUGUAAUGUAGACAUGCAAGUCAUCAGGGGCGGCACCAAAGUGGUCAGAUCUUUCAGACCUGACUUUGUCUUGGUGCGCCAACAUGCCUUCAGCAUGGCCCAGAACGAGGAUUUUAGGAACCUGAUCAUCGGCCUGCAGUAUGCAGGCAUCCCCUCUGUCAACUCCCUGGACUCCAUCUACAACCUCUGCGACAAACCUUGGACUUUUUCCCAGCUGAUCAAUUAUCAGAAGAGGCUGGGUUCAGAUAAGUUCCCUCUCAUUGAUCAGACUUUCUACCCCAACUACAGAGACAUGAUUACAACACCCAGUUUCCCUGUAGUGGUGAAGAUUGGACAUGCACACUCUGGAAUGGGAAAGGUCAAAGUGGACAAUAUGAGUGACUUCCAGGACAUUGCAAGUGUGGUGGCCAUCACUCAGACCUACUGCACCACAGAGCCAUUCAUAGACGCCAAGUAUGACAUCAGAGUCCAGAAAAUUGGUGCAGACUACAAAGCGUACAUGCGAACAUCCAUCUCUGGUAAUUGGAAGAGCAAUACUGGAUCUGCCAUGUUGGAACAAGUAGCCAUGACUGACAAGUAUAAGCUGUGGGUUGAUACCUGUGCAGAGAUUUUCGGAGGGUUGGAUAUCUGUGCGGUCAAAGCCAUCUGCGGCAAGGAUGGUAAUGACUACAUUACUGAGGUCGUAGGUUCAUCUAUGCAGUUGAUUGGUGAUCACCAGGCAGAGGAUCGCCAGCUCAUCUCAGAGGUGGUGCUGGCUAAAAUGAACCAAGCACUGGUUGCCAGGUCUUCUAGCGCUUCCCGCUCACCUACACGCUCCCCUCAAGGCCAGAAGCCAACUACUGUGCAGCCCCAACAGAGUGCUGCCGUUAAGGAAGGAGUGGCAGAUCCAAACAGGACCCCAGGACAGCGUCCUCAGCCUCAAGGUGCACCAGUGAAAUCUCAGAGUGUUGAGCCAUCAUCAGAGUCAACUAAGAGAGCUUCUGAACCAGUGCCAAAGCCCAGCCAGUCCCAGAAAAAUGUUCCAGGUCCAGCUCAGAAGCCAAGUGCAGUCCAGAGGGCCGCCUCAGUCACAAAGCCUCCAGUGCCGAGGCCUCCUCCAAUGACAAGAGCCCCAUCUGUCACAAAGUCAGCCCAAGGUUCUGCUUCCAGCCCAGCUUCAGCCAAAGCAUCACCAUCAUCCCCAGCUAAAGUAGCAGGGGCUGCAGCAGCUCCAGGUUCUCCCCCCACCAAGGCAGCAGCAGCAGCAGCAGCAGCAGCCAGCCCAGCUUCAGCUCCAGCCCCGGCUCAAGUCCCAGCCUCUCUGCCAGCUUCAGUUCCUACCACAGAGCAGCCCAAGCCCCAGCCUCAGGGCUCUCCAUCCGCAGCUCCUGGGAAACCAAAGGAGCUGCCCCCCAAGCCCACACCACCUGCAAAACCCAUCCCUCCUGUACGCAGGAAUUCAAAGCCACAGCUCCAGCCAAAGCCUCAAACCGCACCUAAACCCCAGCCUGCCACCCAAGCCCCAGCAUCCACUGAGGCCUCUGAUACUGCCCUAGCACAGGUUCAGUCCCCAGCCAAAGCCAGUCAGUCCCCGCCUAAAGUCCAGUCUCCAGCUAAGGCUCAGCUCCAGGCCAAACCAGCCUCUCCUUCCCCAAAUCCUGAGCCUGUCCCAGCUGAAGCACCCCCCGCUGAGGCCCAGGCCCCUGUGGAAGAACAGCCAGCAUCCCAGCAAAAGACCCAUCCUCUGCUGAAUAAGUCCCAGUCCCUGACCAAUGCCUUCAACGCUUUCAGCGACUCCUCUUUCUUCCGCGGGGUCUCAAGCUCCGGAGGUGACGGCCAAGAUGAGGCGAAGGCUGAGACCAUUCGCAACCUCCGAAAGUCCUUUGCCAGCCUUUUUUCUGACUAGACACAGCUGAGCUGUAGUGAACCCCCUAUUGAUUCCACCCCCGCCCCCUCGCCCCUCAAUUUUACUGUUGGCCAGUGAUGACUUGAUUGACAUUAAAUGUGAACCAAUCUGAGAUUAAAUUUUGUGUGUUAACUGUAGUGUAUUCCCUGUCCCAGUCCUUCCUGCCCUUCCUUUUCAGCUUCUCUGUGUGAGUAACAGUGAGGUCUGCUGGGUAGGAUAUUCAGUGAAUGAUGGUGUACCAGAAUAAUUGGACUGAAGGAGUUACGUCAUUGAGAAGAGAAUAAAAUAAUAAAAUGUUUAUUUUUUUCCCAGAGCACCAUUUAAGAAUCACAUUAUGAGAUAGUAUAAUAUUCAAGACUAUAGAUGUAAUAUACAUUCAGUAUAUUUAUAUAUAAAUAUAUAUACAUAUUUAUACAGUAUAUAAAUAUAAGUAUAUAUCUAUAAGGGAGAUAAGCCAAUAAUACUAAAAAACAGCUGUUUUCAGUUGGCUUUUGUCAGUGACAUAACUCUUUCAUUCAGUGGCUGGAUUCAUAUACAUUUAAAAAAAUGAUAUUUGACAUUUGAUUGUUUCCCCUUCAGUGAAUCAAUUUUGGUCUGUAAAAGAAAGUAUGUGAGAAAAAAAAAAAGAUUUAAUCAUUCGUUCUUGUGUAAAUCCAGCUGUCGUGUCCCUAAUCGUUGGCUACUGACUACUGGGCUCAUUAUUGCUGCCCCUUUUUUGUCUACAAGCCUUGAAGUUCAUUGUCGUGUGAGGGAGUUGGAAAUAUGUGUACUGGUAUUUUCAUAUGUGUUAAGUUGUUAUGCAUGGCUCCUCCAAGUGGCUCAGUGUGACUUUUGGAGCAUAAGGGCGCUCCAUCAGUGUUGAAUUUUCCCUCUGUUCGCCUCUCUCUCUCCUCUCUCUCCCCCCCCCCCCUCUCUCUCUCUCUCUUUAGAUGUUGUAGCCUUAUUGUGAACAUGUUUUCAAUUCACAGCAACAUUUGUUAGCUGUGCAGGCAUGCGUCAAUUACAAUUUGAAAUUCAUUCAUUUACUUCAAGUGUUUGAAGAUGUAAACCAUUGCGGGGUAAGACUGAUUGUAGCUGUUGUAGUUUUGGGAGCACUGGGAUUGGGCCUGCGGCACCUGUCUGAAUAACUCAGUCCUUAAAAGGUAACUCAGUGGAUUUCAAAAAGUGAAAAAACUCAUGUCUGUAGCUGUGACUGGUGAUCUCUUGUUUCACCUCUGUGUAGAUCUAUCAACAGUAUUGUAAUUUGUUGAUUAUUCUCAUGAAAAGACAUUGAGACAGUAGUGCAAUAACACCUCGACAUGACUGUUGAGCGCUGUCACCCUAUUAUAAAUAUAAAUAUGAUCAUACGUACAGGACCUGUGUAUCUACUAAAUACCUUCUUACAUUCCCUUUAAGGUUCAUUUCUGUGACAACCUUCCAGGUUGUUUUUAUUCUGUAGUCAGAAGCUGGGUUGAUAUGACAAAUUAAAGUGCUGGUUUUUCUGAUUCAUCGUGCUGGACUCAGUUUAAUGCAAUGUGGAAUGAACCCAGUUUUUUGACUCGUCAUUUUCAGUUAAGUUUCUGCAUUUCAAGUUCAUAUAAGUAAGAAAAUAAAAUAAAAAAUAAAAAUAACCCCUUAAGAACUGCAUAUCAACCUGUCUGCCUAUCCAUUCCCAGUACUAUGUUGCAAGUAAAAUAUGACAUAUUGCAUUUGUAUGUUUGUACGUGUCAUCUCAGGAGUUUAUUUUUUGUAAUAUAUUGAUCAAUUUAUUUAUUUUUUGAGGCUCCAUAUUUAUGGUACAGUAAUAUUGUUUGUUUUGUAUUGUGUUUUUAUUUGUAACGCAAUACUGCUUUGCAUGAUCUGGUGAUUGAUAAUGUUUUUUUGUUUGGUUGUUUUUUUCUGUACAGACAAAAGUUAAUAAAGAUGUGAUUCCAUCAUUUCACUGAUUCACUGUAAGUACGUUUCGCA